ACGGCGUAGGACAAAAAUAAACCAAAACGAUGAAGUCAAUGGCUCUAUUAAUCGGCGUCCUAGCGGUCGUGACGGCCACCUCUAUCGAUCUGUCCAAGGUGAAACGCAUCGAAGAAUUGGAUGAAUUUUGGGCGCAACUGUCACCGCAACUGCAGAUGCUGCGAGACACGGGUCCAUACAGUCGAGUAGUAAACGGUCAGGAAGCCCAACCGAAUCAGUUUCCCUACCAAGCGCUAGCGCUGAGCUUAUUUGACGGCGGAAGCGGCGGAUUAUGUGGUGGUACAGUGUUGACGGAAAACUUUGUGCUUACUGCUGCUCACUGUGUUCAGAUGAGUGGCUCUGUCGCCACCCAUGGAACCGUGGUUCUUGGAGCUCAUAAUCGUCAGUUGGAAGAAGCGACUCAACAAAGAAUCGACUUUGGCUCGAUCAAUGUUCAUCCAAGUUACAUAGCUUCGCUGCUUCGCAAUGACAUCGCCACGGUUCGCCUUGCCAGCCCUGCGGUUUUCAAUGACGUCGUGCAACCGAUUGAUCUACCGGCAGUGUCCGAUGCUAGAACGUUUGCCGGAAUGACCGGCAUUAUUUCCGGUUUCGGACGCACAUCGGACGAGACGGGAUCACCAGCUUCCGAUGUUGUGAUGUACACUAGCAACGCGAUCCUGACUAACGCCGAUUGCCAGGCGGCUUGGAAUGCCGUUUUAAUCCAGGCGCAGAACAUUUGCCUGUCCGGAGAUGGUGGCCGCUCGGUGUGCAAUGGAGACUCCGGUGGCCCUCUUGCCGUUCGUGAGGAUGGCCGCAGCCUGCAGGUUGGUAUCGCUUCAUUCGUCCACGCUAGUGGAUGCGCCUCUGGUUUCCCGGCUGGGUUCGUUCGCGUUUCACACUACUUGGAUUGGAUUGCUGAGAACUCCGAUGUUACGCUGAGGGCUUGAGAGCUCGGAGCGUUAGAGUUUAUCUGAUAAGUUCGACUAA